AAGAAUUGGAUUAGUGGGUCGGUCCUAAUCAAGUGGAAUCUCAAUCCCUUCACUCUCACUUGCUUUCUCUCCCAUUCCACAAGUGGGUAACAUACAGUAAUCCGGCCAACGGGCCGGGUAAUAAGCUAGUAAUAUAAUAUGAGCAAGUUUCCCACGAUUCCUUCAUCUCUUUUCUCUCUACUUCUUCCCUAAGUUUUCAAACUUCUGGGUAACCCGACCUAUAGUCCAUAUUCCCUUUCUGUUUAUAUUCUGGUUGGCUAAUGGUAACUUUACCCAUUUCUAAAUGGUUAACUGCAGCGCUACUGAACUCCACUGGAUUUGAUUGAAGAAGCUCGGAGAGAGUGAGGCAGCAGAAAGUCAGAAACCUCGUGGAAGAAGAAGAAGAGCCAUGGAUCGUCACCCUCGCCAUAGCACUAACCUCCCUCUGGUUCAAGGAAGCACUUCGAGAGUUGACUUUCCCAACCCAUCAGCUGACCACAACUCCCCUGCUUCUGGGCCUUCGAUGGAUGCUGUCUUGGGACCUGUUCCUUCCCAGAUAGAAGUUGAAUCCGCCAUAGCCUCCCUUCAGGGUUUCAUGAGUCAGAUGUCGCAACUGAAACAGCAGAGGGCAUCAUCUAAUGGACACACCAGAGUCGAGGAAGCUUUCCAGUUGCUGCAAUCCGAUCCAGCCAUUCAGAAACUGGUGGCCGCUCUAGCAACCGAUAAGGCUGUGUGGGAUGCUGUUAAGAAGAACGAAAUGGUUCACAGACUGCGAGACCACCGCCCCGAAGCUGCAGGUAAGUGAAUUCAGUUACACCCUUGGCAAAAGGAAAAACCCAGAAAAAAAUUGUUGCUGUGUUUUUGCCAGAGGAAUUUAUUUCAUUCAGUGGCAUGGCAGUUGAAAGCUUUAGGCUCCGAAGCUGCGAAAAGGAAGCAGCUGCAACUGAGUUGGAAGAGGCGCAGCAUUUGGUGAGGUGGAUAAUGGACAUUGCUUCCAGGAUUACGGAUCUCAUCCACAAAUGGCAAUGCCUAAUGCACGUUCUGACUCACCCUUUGGAGAAGGGAAGCUACGAUGGUGGGACGCCACACUCGGCAGAUCAGCUGCUCACUGAUCAGAGAAUUGGGUCGCCAUUGCUGCUCGCUGUUGUCACCCUCUUGAUUGUAGUUGUUGCAAGGGCACAAGGGGCGCAUUGUUGGUAGAAACUUGUAGUUCAAAUCAAGGAAACUGUUGCAAAGGCAAACGCCACAAUGCAGAUUACCGGCCAAUUGUGAUUACUUAGUCCUCCAGUCUGAUAUCUUUGUACCAGUAUGGCUCAACUUUCAGUUCUAAAAUCGAACGGAAUGGAAUGUAUCUGCCUCGCAAUGUUGAAAAUAGUGCAGUAUGUGACUAGCAAUGAUGAAAAUACCUCUUGCUGAUGAGGCUCAAUUAACUCUAAUUCUCUUUCCAAACUAGCUCGAGUCUCGACCACGCGUUUGCCACUUCGAUCUGGUAAAGAAAGGUUGUCCAUCAAGCUGCACGAACCCACUGCUGGAGGGCACAAGAGCCAAUUGUG